AUGAGGAAACACAUCGCGAGACAGUCCUCCGAGGCAUUAGUAGGCCUUCUUUGGCUGUCCAGCCGAGCCCUCGCCGCCCAUUCCGUACCAAUUGACCUGGCUGCAUACUUCAACAACAAAGCCUUCGGGACAUACCCGAACGAGACUGCGUUCGAGAGUACCCUCAACCGGUCCUACCCACCUCUCAACCACCUCACCCAGGAUGGUAUCUACACUUCCAAGAGCACAGGGGUGCAGUUCGACUUCCCGAGCUACACGGGCCCGGGACAGCCGGACAACCUCAUCUGCUCGGGCCAGACCAUUCCGCUCAGUGGCAGCGCCAAUGACAGCAGCAGCAAGGCCUUCUCACUGAGCAUGCUCAUAGCCAACGACGCGCGCGACACAAUUCUCUCCUACAACCUGACGUAUCUAUACGCGGACGGGACCGAGGCGGAGACGGAGCUGCGCGCCCUGCCCUUCUUCAGCUUCCUGACGCUCAUGCGCGGCGAGCUCAUCACCCCUUACACCUGGACGCCCAAGGGGAGAGACUGGAACGUGAGCCAGAUCUUUGAGUUCACGGGAUACCUGGAACCGACGAAGGCUCUCACAGCCGUGAGGCUGCCUGUCGCCGAUAACUCCACGGUUGGCAGGAUCCAUGUGUUCUCCAUGUCCCUGGUCGUAGGUGAUUCGCCCGGCGCUGCUGAUGACGGCGCGGCGGUCGAGGUCCAGAGCGUGCGUCCCACACAGAAGUGGACAGAGGCGGGGAACCAGAUCGUUGAAAUCACCGUCAACAAUCCCGGGAGCGAGUGCGUCUCUGGCUCGGGCCUGGUGGUGUCCUUGGAGGGCCUCGGGGUCAGCACGGCUGAGACGGGCUCCGUAAAGAGGCUCUGCCCUGGCGACCAGAAGCGCGUGAACGUCGGUGUCAGUGGGUCUGCGAACAGCACCACCGUGACCGUCACCCUGUCUGGGGCCAGCUCCAACCAGACAGCUACCUUCGCCGGAGUUGACAUUGGCUUUGAGACCUUCUCAGCGGACCUGGACAGCCUUUCCAGUCACGAGUCCCCAGAGUGGUUUGACAACGCAAAGUACGGCAUAUUCAUCCACUGGGGUCCUUACGCGGUGCCGGGGUAUGGGGGAGUCGCCCCGAACGAGACGUAUGCAGAGUGGUUCUGGUGGUACUCGAACAACCACUUCAACCAGGCGGACAAGUCAGACAGCUACGGGUAUCGCCUCGACACAUUUGGCCCGGGCUGGAACUACGACGACGGGUUCCCCAGCUUCACCGCGUCCGCCUGGGACCCCAAGGAGUGGGUUGAUCUGUUCGCCGAGGCGGGCGCCACUUACUUCGUGUUGACGACCAAGCACCACGACGGCUUUGCGCUGUUCGAUGCAGGUGAGACGACAAACCGGUCGUCGAUCAACUACGGCCCCAGAAGGGACAUCGUCCAGGAGCUGUUCGAUGCUGCAGCCACGUACCAGCCAACACUGAAGCGUGGGACCUAUUUCUCACUCCCGGAGUGGUACAAUCCUGACUUUGGCCCCUAUGGUUUUGUCCAACACGACACUGUUGGCUCGACAAGCUGGGUGGGAAUCCCUGCAACUAACCCCUUCACAAACCUGACUGAGCCAUACACCGGUCAUUUACCCAUCGGCGACUUCGUCGACGACCUCAUGUACCCGCAGAUGGAGACCCUCGCGUACAAGUAUGGUUCAGACAUAAUGUGGUGCGACGUCGGCACAGCGAACAAGACAGCCGAAUUCGCCUCGGCGUGGUGGAACUGGGCUCGGGACCAGGACAGGCAGGUCGUCAUGAAUUCUCGCUGCGGCGUAGCCCAGGCCUCAGACUUUGAGACCCCCGAGUACAGCACCUACUCGUCGGCUCAGAGGCACAAGUGGGAGUCGAACCAGGGUAUGGAUCCGUACAGUUACGGGUACAAUGCACAAACGCCAGCUGAGAGUUACAUGAACGCUUCCACCAUCGUCUACACGCUUGUGGAUAUGGUUGCCAAAAAUGGGAACCUCCUCCUUGACAUCGGCCCGCGAGCAGACGGCACGAUUGUCGAGGCAGAGGUGGCUAACCUGCGCCAGGCUGGAAAGUGGAUACAUGCUCACGCCGAAGCUAUCUUCAACACCACGUACUGGUUUGUACAGACGCAGAUUGCCGGCCCCCAGGAAGUCCGCUUCACACAGACAGAUGAUGCGUUCUACAUCCUCUUUCUUGAACAUCCGGAUGUCGCGGAGGACGGGCACGUCUGGGUAAACGCCACGGUGCCGGUUUUGGAGGGAGACACAAUCUCGAUGGUUGGUGUGAACGCCACGGGAGUGGAUGACCUAUCGUGGACGACGUCGCCAGAGGGGUAUCUGGGCAUCAAGGUCCCAGCUGAAGCCCUAUCACGGGAGGAAUUUGGUUGGGUAUUCAAGGUCGCGUAUGCGUGAUGGUGUUGUAGCCGUCAUCCCCUGCGUCGCCGACAACAGGGCAAAAAUAUGAUUAAAGGGAGAAGGUGUGGGCCUUGUCCAUAGCGGGCCUCGGAAUAUAGCUCAACACCCACCGCCUGUCUUGGGAGUGUCUUGGGGGAAAAGCAGGUCGAGUGAGGUGAGUGAGAAGUUUACAGUGCCAAGCAAGCCCAUGCUCGCAUUAGACUAUUGCUCCAGACCGCCGUGGGGGACAAAUCGCAAGACGCCAUGUACAACGGUACCCUGCAGCUCGAGGCGUUUCGAGAGUUAGAUCCGGCACUAACAGAUUGCUUGCUGCUUGUGACCCCCUCCAAGCCCCAGCGGCCCCGGGAGGCGCUCACGCCCGAAGACGCCGUUCCCAGAGAGUCGGGUCGAUGGACUUGCUCUAAGCCAGCCACAAGCUGGCUCGCGUCAAACUCAAGAUCGAGAAACCACGUCGACGAAAACCGAGCCAGGGCGCAAGCUAAGGCGGGCCCCGAGUCCGACAUGAGCCUAUGGUCUGUCUGGACUGCGAGUAAGGGCAGACUCCGGGAUUUGACAAGGGGUGUUUUCGGGUGGUUCGGCGUCUUGGUGAUUUGAUCACAGGGUGAAGCUUGUGUGGCUGGUUUAUAAUCUUAAUGUAUACAUGUGUGUCUGGUUAUUCCGCAGACGGGCAAGCCAUCGUCACUAGGCUCCAGCCGUGCUGAUGUCGGCUGUGGUGCUGACACUCGAAUGGGCGGGGCCACGGAAGAAUGAACAUGCCUCUGUGAAGUUCGGUGGCCCAGCGGCACGGUUUCCUGGUACUCGACACGUCGGAGAGCGUUGAGGUGGACGGCGAAUGGUCGGGCUCCUGGCGGCCAUCUUGCCCGGUGCCCUGCUUCAACCCCUGGGGGUCGCGACCCAAGAGUCGCUGAUGGACGGAUAAGUGAAAUUCGUUACUAGUUUUGGGUGGAAAUCAUGCAGAGGCUUGUGUGUGCCAAAGGACCAUACUUGCUUCUCUUAAUGCACACCCUGAUGAAGCAGAUGCAAGGAUCAUCGUUGUGUCACAGGCCAUGUCUUCGCCUCGUCAGUGUAAGGAUCUCGCGACAAUGUCGGCUGUGCGCCGGCGGAAAUAACGCAAGACGCGUGCGGGCUCGAGGGCUCCAAUAGGCGCCUGCAGAUGGCUGGGAGUACGGAGCACGUCGCCAGAGACGUGCUGCAUCGUUAAUGUACUCCGUACAUGAUGUACAGCAGCAGGAGUCAGGCCGAAGUGGGGGGAGGGGCUUCUUGGUUUUCCGGGUUUCCCAGCCAGUCCCAAUCCAGCAGCCCAGAACAAGACGAUGACGCAGCCAGGAGAGCGGCUUAGAUGUCGAAAUGGCGGUGAUUGAUAUUGGUGUCGCAGCGCAGAGUCAGGUAGAGGCUCGGAGUUUGUUUGGAUGCUACGGC